AUGUACAAUAACAACAACAACAACAAUAACAACAACAACAACAACAACAACAACAACAAUAAUAAUAAUAACAAUAAUGAUAACCCAGAUAGUUACGAAUAUGGACAGGAAUCACUGUUUACACGUGCCGCCAUCGCAACAAUUCACACUCGUGCAAUAAGCGAAUCCGAGAGAGUAAAAGACAACUACAACUCAAUGGUCGAGUUCAAAGAUAAGUCGAUCAGCUUCAUCGUCGAGAAGCGCCACACCAAUCAAAGCACCGAGACCAUGUUCACAGUAGAUAUCAACCAUGAAUCAAUAAGUUUAUGUCAGAUCGAUGGGGAUAUCAUUAUGAUCAUUCAAAAUAGUCCACCAAAUGUUAUGUACACUAGACAAGAGGAAAGAGAUCGUAUGUAUGCAGAUGAUGCAAAGAAGUUUGAGAGCUACGCCAAGGUGUCAUUCAAUGUGACUAAGAUGGAUGAAGUCGAGUUCGAUGACUUUGUCAACAAAGUGUUGUUGACGAGGAGACCCAAACGAGAUCAUGAUAGCAAUGUUGAUGAAGAGCUCAAAAAGGCGGUGGAGUUCUACCAGGUGUCUUUUCAAUUGCUACACCAUGCCUACACAGAUAGAAAUAAGAGCGGCACCUCGCACAGCCCACACUUCCAGUUCGUUCACGACUUUUGUCUCGGACUUACAUCUAAGAGCGGUGAAGCCCUACUCCGCAAAUACAAAAAGGUCCUCAAGAAAGACUUGAACAUCAAAUUGUACCUUGACUACCUGGAUCACUUGUCCUAUGUUCAAGCACAACCUGGAGCACAUGGACGUCCAACAAGGGAUCCAUUAGUGUCACUCUAUAUCUUUAUGCAAUUGUAUAACACUCUUGAUCCAGUUAAGAAUGUACCAAACUUUGAGAUGCACUUUGAAAAGGUGCUGGAUGGAUCAUCAGGCUUAUUCACUGGAUGGAGGAAUGUUGUGGUUUGUGACGAACUGGAUAAAGUGUUGUCCUCGUUUAUGCAUGAAUAUAUGACCAAGGACAAGGGUAGGACAGAAGGACCAAGUCAAAAGACACUAUCUUUCAUCAUCAAGUUGGCCGUGCCAAUGCUUGAUUGUGCUCAAACAUUCAAUGUUGAUCAAGAGUGCUGCGAGGAGGUACGGACCUUUCACCGUGACUUCCUUGCGUACUGGACGGAGAGGAAGUUGUGGAACAACCAACUAUUUAUCGAGAUGCUCGGAAAGAUGACCAGUCAUAAGAGACUGUUGAUCAACUUUGUCAGAGAUCACAUUAACCCAUAUCCAACAUGGGCCCAAUAUAAUGAAAAGGAGUACCAGCCUACCCUGGAGGCAUUUGAAGGACUACUCAUUCAUACCAGACCAACAGAUAUCUUCAAGGAGCUAUUCAGCUUUACAUCACUUGAGGGACUACCCACCAAUGUAAUAAUGGACAGGGCAAGGAUAUUGUUCACAUUGAUCAAGAAGCAAUAUAGGUACUCACAAUAUGAUUGUGGAGGACUGUUCUUCAAGCUGAUGGAGGUCUCACCCUCGUAUUUCAUUGGACUAUUCAACUCAGACACCUUGGACCAUACUGCCAAGUCCAUUGUAGACGAGUGUUUGACCGCCUACGUCAACCUCCAGUCGAAGGAGAGCUUGGCUACCCUGUAUGCCAAGCUCAAAGAUUGCGUUGUCCUACAACCAAUCUUGGCAAAGUACAUUCCUACGAAUGACUCUUUGAUCCACUGGAUACAAUCGAUCAUAGACCUGCGUGAUGAACAUUCAAAAACUUUGUUGACAAAUGCUCUGAAACAGUUGUAUAUCAACACGUUCGCAAUCGCCUUGGCAUUGGACGAUUGUGCGUAUCAAGAUCUGCAACGGACGUUAAACAAUGCAGGUGAUAUCAUGAUCAAGGCGUUCAAGCAGGCACUGAUGGCGCCACCUCAAAUCAUACUAGACAAUCACAAGAGCAUGUGUAUCAAUUACCUGAUCGAGAGGGAAUAUCGUAGUAAUGACAAUAGCCUGUACAACUGGAUCAGAAUGGUUGGUCUGCCAUCGAACAUUGUUGAAGAUCUCAUUGGACAACUUCAUGCUCAUGAUGUGCUUAGCUUCUCUACGCUCAAAGAAUGCAAAGAUGAGCUCGAGUUCAUGCCAAAUGUAUACUACCAUUUAAUAAUGAAGGAUGUAGAGAUCAUAACUGAAUAA